UCUCACCCCAAACAAUAUCAAAUCAUAAUGGAGGCACCAAAGCCCGCGAUGACCACCUCUGCUCAACCUCAGGCCGUGCAAAUGAGCGCUAUGAACCCUCCCGCCAGGCAGGGCAACCAGACGCAUUCCGAGGAAUGCCAGCGCAAGCGCAGCUUCGCUGAACGCCUUCGUGGUGGUGGCGCCGCCAGGGACUGCUUCCUAGGAAUAGUCGAGUGCUUCAUCUGCUUCGAGUGCUGCAAAGACUGCUGCGAGUGCUUCGCGGACAUCAUCUGCUGCCCGUGCGAGAUGUGCUGCUGAGCGCAGAAAAUGCCCCCUUCACAGCCAGGUUGUGCCACGGCCGAUUGAUGACGUACAGGACCCUUCCGAUAGUUAUUGUAUCAUAGACACUGGACGACUAGUAUCUGUCGGAGCCCUUCGUUCCAUAGUCCGCAGUGUACACCUGACGCACGAGUAUGUAUAUUUCUCCACUAUGACAUACCUGCAUGAGGGGAGUGUGCGCGAGCGUGUCCUGGGGCAGGCACGGGCGCCUGAACGCCAGUGACCGCAUCGACCUGGAACACAUGAGACGGGCGGUGCGUCGUUCGUGCGCGGUCAAGCUGUCACCGUAUCUCGGCGGGGGCCCUUGGCCGGCGUAGUCUGGAGCUUCUAUAAUUAGAAUCUGGCAUCCGC